UAUAAGGGGACUUCCCUCGCGAUGAUUAUGGGAGCUUAAAAGUAGAGUGAGGCAGUUACACAGUUUCAAUGUCGAUGCUAUCAUAUGGCAACAGUUUCAAUUAAUUGUCCCUUUGCAUUGGUCCUGAUAUGGCAUGGUAUUUGGCUGUCAGAGUGCAACAAUAUUGGCAUGACUCUUUGGGAGGUGGCAGAUUUUCUGAAAGGUCAGGGGGUCAUCAAUGCCAUCAACCUGGAUGGGGAUGGUUCCUCCACUUACAUGGCAAACGGCUCAUUGGCCAGCUACCCCUCGGACCACUGUGUMUCAGACCCCAUGUGGUGCUGCCCUCGGCGGGUCUCCACCAUCCUGUGUGUCCACCAGCCCCAGUGUCAGCCUGAGGACUGCAGCGGGCACGGGAUGGGCACUGCCAAUGGCUGGAGUGGGACUGGCUGUGACACCCUGGUGUGCCAACCGCCCGCCUGCGGUGCCCACGGUGUCUGUACACAGGAUGGCUGUGCGUGUGAUGCUGGAUGGAGAGGGGAGAACUGCAGCCAAGUGUGUGAUUUGGGUUUCUAUGGUGACAGCUGCACUAACGGGGGCUCGUGUGACACUGUUCACGGUGGCUGCAGCUGCCCCAUUGGUUUCCAUGGCGAAUCCUGUGAACAAGAGUAUCCCCUGGGUUUGUACGGGCUGGACUGUGGGCAGGAGUGCCAGUGCAAGGACAUGUGCCCAUGUGACCCGGUCACAGGAAGCUGCAACGCCCUGUUCCAGGGAGAGAAGAACCACCGCAUACAUGGGACCACCCGUAACACCCGCGCCUGCUYUGAGCACUAGUAGUUGCAGUAACUAAAUGGAUCACAACAUACUGCAUAGAGGUUUACAAGCCUCUUCAUGAUGUCUGCACCUCAAUCUCUAAUGAGUACUAAUAGUUUCAUAGUUGUCRUCCUGUAAAGUGUCUUGUACAGUAUGUGGACCACUUCAUUCAAAGCCUGCUAGCAUAGGUUUUCUCCCAAAUAUGAGUGUCUGUUUUAUUGGUUCCCCAUCAUUACAUGGUACAAACAUUCAGGAUAUGUUUCAGUUGGCUGUAUGUAGUCUAGGGCUGUCCCCAACAACAACCAAAAAUAUUGUUCGACCGACUUUGUCUGUACUUUUGACCAAUCGAUUGGUUCGAAAUUUAUAAAAGUGUAUUUUUCCAUAUAGACACAUCCUAUGUAUUUUGAUAAAAUCAACUGUAUGCUUUGAGCUUGUCUGACACUUUAAACUCACUGUUUGAUUAAAUAAAAGACAAAUGACUCUGGCGGGAGCUAGAGAUGUAGAUAA